UAGUUAACCUCGGUACGCCCCUUCCCCUCGCAGAAGUGGCCCGGAGUUGCGGCGGGAUUUUCGGGGCGGCGUGGGAGCCGGCGCGCCGCCGCUCGCCCGAGGCCAUCCCGCGCGCCCAGCCCCGCGCCCCGGGCUCGGGAGCCGGAGCCCGCGCGCUGCCAGGGCAGCUGGGCCGGGCGAGGCCGCCGGGGGUGGGCAGGGCCCGGGCCCGGGAGCGCUAGCCCCUGCGCGGCCCCCCGAGUGCCUGCUGCUACGCGGCGCCCCUGCCCAGGGUGCCCGUCGCCCCGGUCGGUCGCUGGAGCGCUGAGACUGAUUCGGGCUUUAGAGGAGCUUUAGGGGGGACUGAGCCCUUAUAAACAAGCAGUGAACUUGGGCGAGGGGACUCCAGCACGAGUCCUUGUGGGCGCCUCUGGACUCCGCUGCAGGCAGUGGGCGGGCGACCUAGCGAGUCGGAGGUUGUGGUCCGGGGACCCAUUCCUUUGCUUAAUUUGGGGAUCUGAAACUCUGGUCCAUCGUGAUCCGCACUUUGAGGUUUCCCGUGACCACACCACAAAGGCAGUCUUUACGUUGACACGAGUUAGUUGGUCGUGGUGAAAGUUAAGGACUUUAGAACAUGUUCAUUUUGUGGAGACCUGUUCCUUUGACGAUAUUUGGGCGUAGCUCAGAAGGCAGAAAGUAAUGCUGGAAAAGUAAGGUCAUUUACAUUUUUUUCACUUUGAAAAUUGCCCUCCUAAGACCUUAGGAACAACGUUAUGACAUAAAAUACUGGCUUUACACAUUUUUGAGAACACGAUUUAUAUAAUUUUAAACCAGACGGUCAAAUGGAAAAGCAGAGAGACCGAACAGACUUACCUGGGGGCAGUUUUCAUCGCUGCCCAGCCAACUAACCACUGGCGAACUCACUAAAUACCUUAGCCCUGAGUUGUUAUUUGAAGCAGUAUUUUAAACCUCCGAAGGUGUCGGACAGUUGACUUCAGCUUUUUGGAGGCAGUGUCACCAUUGGUAAUUGAUAACCAUUUUCUUUGACAUUGGCAAAACAAACAAACAAACAAACAUAAAAACUAAACAGUUAAAGAAGUGUCGCCGGGACUUAGGUGUGUUACAGUAAUUUAAAAAAAUUCAGUAUCACGGUGAUGCAUUUUUAUAAUGGACAAAUGAUUAAGAUUUCAAUUGUAUGACAAUUAGAAGCCAUUGUGAUUGGAAAGGACUAAGGCAUUCAUAAAUUGUGAAUGAAGAUGAAAACAAUGAUAAGGCUUAUUCAGUGAUUGGAUACAGUCCUGUAGCUUUUUGGCUGACACAUUUUUUAUUGUUUAUAUUUUGUUUGGCAUCUGAGUAUGAUUAACUUAGAUAUGGCUAUUUUCAGCAAGUAACGUGCACUUUAAUUUCACAAAACUGGAAAAAUGAGUUGCUGAGCUAUUUGUAUUUUAAAGCUAUGAAUAAAGGCUAAUACAUAUGAUGAUGAAACUGUUUCAGGUAUAACGAAUUGCCUUUAGUUGUAAAAGUUACCUUUCAUAUUAGCCAUCAGCAGGAUUUUUUUUCUCCUAGUAAACCAUGUUCAUUUGAUAUUAUUUUUACGUUAUUGAAGCAUAGCUCCAUUAAAACAAAUUGAGGUAAGCUUUUUCGCUUACAAAGUACCACAUCCCUUAUUCUCACCUGUAAAAGAUUGCUUUUCUAUAUAAAUUUAGAUUUCUAGCAUCAGUUGCUCAGAAACAUUGCUAGCGAUUACAUUGCAUUUUUGAUUUCCUCUAAAUAUCAUUGUAAAGUCACUAGCUUUAACUUAAUUUCUGUAAAUUGGAAAUAACAUUGCAGCUUCGUGACAUAUGGAAUAUUAGGAGCAUAUAUAGCAUAAUCAUUCAGCUCUCACAUUAGUAUUCAAGAACACAUACUUACCAACGCUAAUUCAUGAUGACUAAUAUUCUCUACUGUUUUAGUAAUGUAAAUCUAGGUUGACGUAUUAAAACUGUUUUUGGGAUUGAAGGCCUAUACUACAGAAGGGAUUGUAGCUUCCACAUUCUCACUUAAUUAAUAUCUCUGUGGCUUUAUAGGUAAUGUGGGGUGUUACAAAAGUAAGAGCACAUUAACAGUGCAACUUUUAUAUCAGACCAGUAGUUUAGUUUUGUAUGAUAGGAGUCUAAUGGCUAGAGCAAAAUGUUUUUUAGUAUGUGUAAAUACAGAAUAGAGAAACAUUCUUAACUGGUUGAAAACUUUACAAAGUGUCUCAGUUGUUGCAAUAAAGUGUCUAGGUUUUAGAAAGAAUUUUAAUUCAAAAGGAGCUACAGUUAAAGUUGCUAUUUAGCAAAGUGUGAUGUAAAAGUGUCAGUAUAUUGAUAUAAAUCAGUAUUUCUACCUCAGUAUAAAUCAGACAUAAAAGGAAAAUUAAGAACCAUCAUAUAUGGUUUAAUAUUUUGCUUUUUCUAAAAAUAAUGUAAACCCUUAAUAAAACUUUCACCUGCCGUGAUUGCAUUGACUUUUAAAAUUUCAUUGUCAGUCAAGUUCUUCAGGUACAUAGCUUUAAUGGUUUAUUAUUAUAUAGCAAUGCUCCAAGAAGAUCUAGUAUUCUUCCACCUCUAUAUUGAUCUAAUUUUCCAUUCGUUUCAUGGAAACCAUUGUUUCUGUGAAGAAAAAUAAAUAUUUCUGGUGGAAUUAAGAUUGUUUACUUUUAUAUUUGAAAUUUGUAACUUGGUUAUUUUAUCAAUUUAGAUCAAUUAAAAGAAGUUUGAAAAGAGAAAUGUCAGUGAAUUUUGAUAAAAAUUCUGAAAGGGCAGGGUGGCAUAUUACCUUAGUAUAGAGCCACUCGAUCUUAAACCACUCAGAUGCUCAGCUUAAGAAAAAACUUUCAUAAUUGUUCAGUAAAGUGUUAUUGUGAUAAACUAUUCAUUAGGACAUUUGAAUACCUUAAUCACUUCUUUUUUUUUUUUUUCUUUUUUGGAUGAAGACAGUUACUAUGUUCCAUAUUCAUGUCACUCAAAAUGACUAAAAAUAUAUUGCAACUCAUUGUUAGAAAACAGUCACACUUGAGAGAUGACAUUUUAGGUAUGUUAAUACAGAAAUAUAUGUGACUUAUAACAAACCUCUACUUACCAUUUUUUUUUGGUUUUUUUGGAGGUUAUGUCUCCAUGUUAAGUGUUUCACUUGAAAGGAGUCCACAGAAUGCUAAAGCCCUGAAAGAUGUUUAUAAGGCAAGUUUGUGGAGGAAGGAAGUUUACUAUUUCUAGUUAUCAAUAAGAAAAAAAGUGUGUUUUAAAAACAUUACUUGGCAACAUUGGCAACAAACUCAAGACAAACUUAAAAAAACCAGCAUUGUUUUGCGUGCAUUUGCUGAGAAAGUCCAAAUUCAGUCCUCAGAUGUGCAUUUUGAUUGUGUAAAAUAAUUUAUUAACAUUUUGAGGUUUGUGACAUGACAGAUGAUUUGAAACUCAAACAGAUUUAGUAAAAACUAUGUUUGAUGUCUCUAUAAGAAAAUGAAAUGUCACUGAACAUAGUACUUAAGGAUGUAAGCACUUAAGAGUUACCCCACCGCUUAAUAAUAUCUGUUAAAAUAAUACAGCUUUUUAAAAAGUGGGGCAAGGGUAAAACACCGGGACAGAGCUCCCUCCCAGCCCCAUGUACCCUUUACAUUCUCAACUCUUUGGCUGAUGAGUACGUAUGUAUGUUUUUUAGUCAUAUCCAUAAAUCAUAGUAGAAGUCAGAUUAUAGGAAGUGAGUUCCCAAAGCAUGUUUAAGUCCACAUUUCCUUGAACAGGGCUUCCUUUGCAUUAUGUCUAAGGGGGAUAAGCAAAGUUUUUGUAGUUACAGUGAAGACUGAAAGCAUGGCCUCAGAAAGUAUAUGGAGAUAGGGAGGUCUUAUCAUGGGCUGUGGUUGCUGUUAGCAGGACUGUUCCCACACAAAGAACAGAUUGUGGUUUAACUCUUUCCAUGGCCUAGUUUAAUGUGCUCGCAUAGUAACCGAAUUGUUCAAAUCUCUGCUGGAAACUACUGAUCAGUUUAAUGAUUUCCUCCAUGGCAUUUGGUUAUGCCUCACGCUGUGAUGUAAUCAUCUGCAUUCUGUAUUGUUAUAGAAUUUUGAUUUAUACUCAUUCUUCUGUAGGAACGCUUUACAGCAAUAUGUUACAGCCCUUGAUAACUGCAUUAUUGAUCGGAUGGGACAUACAUAUACCUUUUCCGUAUGGGAAGUGCAGGCUGUGAACAUACCACGGUCUUUAGCAUUGGAAACCUGAAUUUCAUCUUAAAAAUGGAUUCAAAACUAUAUGGGAUUUUUGGGGGGACACCUUCUUUGUUAGAGUGGCAUCAGUGGCACUUUCUUCAUCUUUAACCCUCCUGCAGUUCAUCCUUCUGCUGGUUAGAUAGAGAAUUUAUUUCACAUAGUUCAGGGUGACUAGCACCAGUAUGUACAUUCUACGUUGGGAUAUGAUAGACUAGAGAAAGUUAUUUUCUGGUUGGGGUGACAAUACAGUCAGUGUGACCAGAAAAGUGGCCGCAGCGGAAGUUCUUAUUUGCUUCAGAUCUUGGUUUAUUGCAUUCAUGCAGAAUGCGUGCACAGGGGGUUAGCUCUUUCUCUGAGCAGUAAAUAGGCCUAAGCUUAUGAGACAGGUUUUACCUAUGGCAGGAAGUAAUGAAACGCUAACUGCUUUGGGAAGUCACUUGAAAUAUCUGUAGGUGAAGAUUAUCUGCCAUUCCUCACUGCCUCCCUCCCUUAAAAAAGACUUACAUGGAACAGGCAGGAAAAAUGCAGAACCCUAAGGUAGACCACUUAAUUCAAAAGGCAGGAUACUGUACGGUCGAUACACGUGCAGCUUCCCAAGCCACGCAUACACGCACCCACAGUCCUGCCGGAGAAUUCACAUGCGUAGCAAAUGCAUUGUAUUGAUUCCACAAAAGCAGUAAGUGACCAGCGGUGCACUCCCUGCACCGCAUGCAGAGACACAAAGCAUGUAAAGUUGGUGCCAAGUUGCCAUUUUUCAUUGUUCACCUCAGAUGGAUUUUUAAGGGGUUUAGAAUAAUUGCCAUACUCCUGUGAUCGGUUAACAAAUUAACCGACUCUGUGGGGCUUCGGGUUCUGUAGGAAAGCUGCCGGAAGGAGCUUCAUAUAAUUUUUGUUUUCAACUUUAAAAACUUUUGCUGGAAAGCGAAAGAGCGUGUCUCUGUGUCUAUGAGAGAAUAGAGUGAGAAUGCGUGUGUGUGUGUGUGUGUGUGUGUGUGUGUGUGUGUGUGUGUUGGAGGUUAGUGUUGGUGGUGGAGGGGAGAGAACGCACUGCUCAAAGUAUGGAAACCUUCUGUUCAGGACACUGAUACGACAAGCUGUGUCCUUUGCCCACUUUCCCUCACUGUAUACCGGUUUCUCUAGUUACCACUCUUGGAAUGGUGCUGUUUCAGUGUUGGAAUGUUGGACGUUUGAUAAGAAAAUGGAUCAAGUUUAAUGGCGCAUGCUCUUUGAGCCACCAGCAGCCUCUUGCUGAGAGCAUGCUCCAAAAGCGGGAACUGUGUGGCAUUACACUGAGCAUCUAUAUGCUUUGUGUUUCUGUGCCACAGAGAAGAGAAAUGAACUGUGGCAUCGCUCCUGCCUUCUGAACAGCUCUGCUCCGAUUAAAAAAAAAAAAAAAUCUCACUGUGUUCUUUGUAAAAUGGAUGAAUUUCACCCAUUCAUCGAGGCACUACUUCCACACGUCCGUGCAAUCGCCUACACUUGGUUCAACCUGCAGGCUCGGAAACGCAAGUACUUUAAAAAGCAUGAGAAGCGAAUGUCAAAGGAUGAAGAAAGAGCAGUCAAAGAUGAGCUUCUCAGCGAAAAGCCUGAAAUCAAACAGAAGUGGGCAUCCAGGCUCCUGGCCAAACUGCGCAAAGACAUCCGCCAGGAGUACCGAGAGGACUUUGUGCUCACCGUGACUGGCAAGAAGCACCCGUGCUGUGUCUUAUCCAAUCCCGACCAGAAGGGUAAGAUCAGGAGAAUCGACUGCCUGCGACAGGCAGACAAAGUCUGGCGUCUGGAUCUAGUCAUGGUGAUCCUGUUCAAAGGCAUCCCCUUGGAAAGUACCGAUGGAGAGCGGCUCAUGAAAUCCCCACAUUGCACAAACCCAGCACUUUGUGUCCAGCCACAUCAUAUCACAGUAUCAGUUAAGGAGCUUGAUUUGUUUUUGGCAUACUACGUGCAGGAGCAAGAUUCUGGACAAUCAGGAAGUCCAAGCCACAAUGAUCCUGCCAAGAAUCCUCCAGGUUACCUGGAGGAUAGUUUUGUAAAAUCUGGAGUCUUCAAUGUAUCAGAACUUGUGAGGGUAUCCAGAACGCCCAUAACCCAGGGAACUGGAGUCAACUUCCCAAUUGGAGAGAUCCCGAGCCAACCAUACUAUCAUGACAUGAACUCGGGGGUCAAUCUUCAGAGGUCACUGUCUUCUCCACCAAGCAGCAAAAGACCCAAAACUAUAUCUAUAGAUGAAAAUAUGGAACCAAGUCCUACAGGAGACUUCUAUCCCUCUCCGAAUUCACCAGCUGCUGGAAGUCGAACAUGGCAUGAAAGAGAUCAAGAUAUGUCUUCUCCGACUACUAUGAAGAAGCCUGAAAAGCCACUGUUCAGCUCUACAUCUCCGCAAGAUUCUUCCCCAAGAUUGAGCACUUUCCCCCAGCACCAUCAUCCCGGAAUACCUGGAGUUGCACACAGUGUCAUCUCAACUCGAACUCCACCUCCACCCUCACCGUUGCCAUUUCCAACACAAGCUAUUCUUCCUCCAGCCCCAUCGAGCUACUUUUCUCAUCCAACAAUCAGAUAUCCUCCCCACCUGAAUCCUCAGGAUACUCUGAAGAACUAUGUACCUUCUUAUGACCCAUCCAGUCCGCAAACCAGCCAGCCUAACAGCAGUGGUCAAGUAGUAGGGAAAGUGCCUGGCCAUUUCACACCUGUCUUGGCACCCUCUCCCCAUCCCAGUGCAGUGCGACCUGUGACCCUGACCAUGACAGAUACUAAACCCAUCACUACAUCCACUGAAGGUGAGGCAGCUUCACCUACAGCAACCACCUACACAGCCUCAGGCACAUCUCAAGCCAAUCGAUAUGUGGGACUAAGCCCAAGAGACCCAUCCUUCCUACAUCAGCAACAGCUGAGGAUUUGUGACUGGACCAUGAAUCAAAACGGCAGGCAUUUAUACCCCAGUACCAGUGAGGAUACAUUGGGAAUUACUUGGCAAAGUCCUGGUACCUGGGCUAGCUUGGUUCCUUUCCAAGUAUCAAAUAGGACACCCAUCCUACCGGCAAAUGUCCAAAAUUACGGUUUGAACAUAAUCGGAGAACCUUUCCUUCAAGCAGAAACGAGCAACUGAGGGAAAAUGAAAUACACCAGUAGUUUAAAAAAUUAAAAAAAAAAAAAAAGGAAAAGAGGAAGACUGGACAAAACUUAAACACAACAAACAAAAAGGGAGAAAGGAAAGAAACUGAAGAAAGAAGAUAAUAGACCAGCAAUUACGGCACUUACAAUCACUAAUUCCCUUAAGGUUGAAACUGUAAUGACAUAAAAAAAAAAAAAAGGGUCGAUGAUAUUUCACUGAUGGUAGAUCACAGCCCCUGCAACGUAGCCUUUGUUACAUGAAGUCCGCUGGGAAAUAGAUGUUCUGUCUCUAUGACAAUAUAUUUUAACUGACUUUCUAGAUGCCUUAAUAUGUGCAUGAUAAGCUAGUUUUAUUGGUUUAGUAUUCUUGUUGUUUACGCAUGGAAUCACUGUUCCUGGUUGUCUCACCGACAAAGGCUAGGAGGCGACAUCAGAGGUGCUGGGUGACGGAGCCAUGAGCCAGCCAUUUUAUAAGCACUCUGAUUUCUAAAAGUUAAAAAAUAUAUAUAUAUAAAAUCUCUGUAGCCUUUAGUUAUCAGUACAGAUUUAUUAAAUUUUGGCCCUUAACCCAGCCUUUUCCAGUGUGUAACCCAGUUUGAAACCUGAAAAAAAAAAAGAAAAAAAAAAGAAAAAAGAAAGAAAAGAAAAAAAAAGAAAAAAAGAAAAAAGGAAAAAAAAAACAGUUUGAACACAAAGGCUCUAUGGAAGAAAUGCCUCGAUGUAGGUGAAGUGUUAUCUCUGCAUGCAACAGUAAAAAUUAAUAUAAUAUUUUCCCCACAAAACACUUAACAGAGGCAAGUGCAAUUUAUAAAUUUAUAUCUAAAGGGGAAUCAUGAUUAUAAGUCCUUCAGCCCUUGGACUCUAAAUUGAGGGGAUUAAAAAGAAUUUAAAAUAAUUUUGAACGAAUUUAUUUUCCCCUCAGUUGUUGAGGGCAUUAAAAAGGCAUUAAAUCAAGACAAAUCAUGUGCUUGAGAAAAAAAAAUUAAUGAAAACACAGCACUUAUGUUGGUUUAGCUGCAGCCUCCUUGGAGGUAGAAUUUAUUUAUUUAAAAUUACUGGUUGCAUCAAGAACCCAUAGGGUGUACGUACAAAAGGUUCUAUAAAAUCUUCAUUAUAGAGACAAAGAGGCAGGCAAAUCCAUGCCACAAGGGUAAAGCUUACAGUUUACAAACUGGGAACGCCAGGGUGUAGGAUAUAAAAACGCACUCUUGAGAAAACAAAUAGAAUCAGGGUGCUGAAAACUUGCAUGGUGCUUUCAGACAUUAGCCUUGUUCAACAAAUUUCUUGUAUUGACAGAUCUGUAGUGUGCAUGGGCAGACACAUUUUGCCUCUAUGUCUCUGAAAAUUUUAAUUAAAAAUACUCUUUCCAGUAAUCCUAAUUUGCACGAAGAUAUAAUGUCCACAUUACGUGCCUUGCCUUGAAAUCUAAAAACAAAAAAAAACAAAAAACACAAAAAAAAAAACAAAAAAGUGACAUCACUACACUUGUUUUGCUGCAUUUAUUAUCAUUUUAAAUCUUUACCAUUUUUAUGACAAAAUAUUUUGUACUCCAGACGAAGAAAAAUGUGUGACAUCAUGGAUUUUUUAGACAGUUAUACCUUUAUCUCACAUUUAUAAAGCAUAUCAUGGCUGUGUAUAGUUGCCGCUUAAAAAUUGUAAUCGACCAGCAAUAUUUUCAGUAUUUUGGUGUUUUUUCUAUUAACCUUUCAUGUUUUUCAUCUUCCAAUUAAUAUUGGGGGGGAGGGGUUUCAAAUUUAUACGAAUUAUGCAAUACCAAGUUUUGCCUAUGUACGUAGUGCUUUUAGCUGUAUUGGUUAUUCUAGGUAAGUACGCAGAUUGAAAAAAAAAAUAAUGUAUGCUUUUUUUUUUUGUUUGUUUGUUUGUUUUAAUUGACCAAAGUGGGUACUGCUAUUUUUGCAGUGUGAUGAGGUCCUUUGUGUACUGAGAGAUGGACAGGGGAUUUUUUUUAAUAUACAUAUAUAUAUAUUCUGGGGUGGGUGGGAGGAUUUUUAACACUUUACAGUGUAGCUGUGAAGCAGUACACCCCGAGACGGGCCUGGGCUGCAAAGCAACUGUUCUGUCUACUGUGACAAACUUCAACUUACACAGAUUCCCCCUUCUCUAACUUCCCACCUGGGGUGCAAGCUGAACUCAUUUCUGGUUUUCCUAACAACAGAAAUAGAACAAGCGCACACAACAAAUUCCUCCUGGAGGCAGACUUGGCUUAAAACAAACUCUUACCUUCUUCUUCUUCUUCUUUUUUUUUUUUUUUUUUUUUUUUUUUUGGUGGUGGUGGUGGUGGUGGUCUUGCGUGGAAGUUCUGGAUCCACCGCGGAGGGUGAGCCUGCCUCCUAUUUGGCAAAACUAUCUGCCGAAACAUCCACGUAGUGGAGGUUUCGCACUUUGGGAGUUGAACACACGAGUGUAUUUUCUCCUACACAACACAUCGUCCCGGCCGGAGGGAGUGUUCCCGUAUUCUUUCUCCACUGCUCCUCUUCCCCAUUUAUUCGUCUCAUUCAUGAUUUACCUGUGACUCACUACUUCGAAAGGACGGCAGUGCACUUGGAUCUUUUUUUUUUUUUUUUUAAUACAUCCAGAGGAUUGAACGGAGGGUAGCUGUAUUAAAUGUAUUUGGACUUAUAGAUUAAAAUCAAAGUUCAAUUUUUAAGGAACAACAACAAAAAAAAAACCCAUAAUAAAUCUUGUUAAGUUGUCGUUUUUACCUGCCCUUUUAAACAGAGAACCGGAGCAGAAGGGAAAUGCAGAAUUUUCAGAAAUUAAUGUUCCUGUGGAUGAAUUAAGCCCAUUAGAGGCUGAUGGGAUUUUUUAAGGGAUGGUGCCUCAAAUAUAUAUUUGAUUUCAUUUCCCCUGAGGGCGAGUGGGUGAAUGGAGGCUGGUUUUACUUUUGCUCUUACACCCCUCCCCCCAACCCCCCCCCCAGUCCCAUUGAGGGAAUCCAUUACUAAAAGGAAAAUCUUUCAGAAUUAGUGACACAUGGUGGGCCGUCUUGAGGAGCCCCCUGACCCCCUUCCCCCAGGCCAUGGCCUAAUAAAAUAAACUGUCCAUUGUUCUCACAGCAUAUGAUUUAAUAAUGAAUACUUUAGAACAAUGCUUAUGGGCCUAGAAUUGUAUUUGAUUAGCCCAUUCAGUCUGAUAGCCCAAAUGCUGAAUAGCACAGCAGGAUCCUAGCCACGCAAGUUGGAAAGUAAGUCCGAUCAUUUCUGCAGAUACUUGCCCUGGUACAAAACGGCUUAUCUCAGCCAAGCUCUUCAAGUAUCUUUGACCUAGUAGGUGAACAAAUCGACCUCACAGGACACGCAGUAUUUCUGAAGGGCAGACUCGCUCUCUUUUUGGCCAGAGAAUGAGCAGUUCUAGCUAAAGAAGUUACACACUGUGGGUAUUCCUGCCUGCCUCUUGAGUACAAAGGCCUAGUUCAAGUGUUGCUUUUUUUUUUUUUAAUCCAUUUUUUUUUUUUCUCCUUUCCUUUUGUGAAAAAACUAUUAAAAAUACUACUAUCUGUAGAAAAUCUCAAAUCCAUUUUUCGGCCUCCUCCUCAUUUACCAGGAAGUAUAUUCUGACGAAGGGCCCCGCGUUUGCAGGUCUUGCACACCCCCCCCCUUACCCAGAACUGCAGAGCUUCAGGACGGUGAAGGUCACCCAAGGGCAUCAGUAGGGGCUGGCGUCUGCUGCCCCCCCCCCCCCCCCCCCGGGGUUUGUUCCGCGGGGCGCUGUUGGGCUUUUUUGUUGUGUGGCUUUGCUGCCCCACCACAGCGCCUCUGAAGUGUUUCCUCUGGAGUGACAUGAACGUUGGAGGCUUGUCUAAGGGAAAAACAGUAAAUAAAAGGCAGUGAAGGAGACUGUACAUAAAGACAUGGCAAAAAUCUUAAUUAUAGCAAUAUAGUUAUGGGGUGAUGUUCGGGUGGGCAGCUCCAUUAAAAAAAAAAUAUGUGAAUGAGUCUGUGAAGCUGCAAAGUAGCAAGAAGAACGAAAGAUCUUCUUAACGAACCGCCUACCUUGUAGACAGUAAUUUGUACACUGUAUAGUUUUGUUAAGAAUUUUUUUUUUAAAUUAAAAUUCCCAUGUUUGUAAAGCUAACUUUUUAACAAUUAUAAUGGAACUGUAUGUUGUUUCCAUUUUUAAAGUAAACAAGAAUAUUCCUUGUGUAGAGACUGGACUUGAGUUAAAACUCUCCAGUCUCUUAAGUUAUGUAUUAAAAAAAAAAAAAAAUCUGUCCAUGUUAGGAGUUAUUUCGCAGAUUCCUGGGCUUGAAAAGCACAGGAUACUAAUCCUUUAAAAAAAAAAAGUGUAAAUGGAGAAAAGUUAUAUUUUAUGAAGGUUAUUUUGUUGUAUUUAGUAUUGGAAAAGUUGGUUUUCGGAGCAUUUCAGAAUGUCGGAAGCACCACUGUCUUUUUCUUAGUCCAUACGGCCUUUAGCAAGAAGUUUUUGUGAUUGUUACGCGAUGGUAUUUAAGGUUAAGUUUCACAGAGCAUUCGGGAUAGGCAGAAAACGAAAACAGUGCUGUGUCUCACAUAAACGUGUCCUCAGGGAGCAGAAUCUUGGAUUUGUGACUGGUAGCUUCAUAAGGACUCAACAAAAAGCGAUUGCACAGAGACAUCUUCAGCGGUGUGAAAUCGGGACGUGUUCGUUACCUAGAUGCAAAAUCUACGUACUGUGUUGAAAUGAUGAAGGCUGCAGAAAGUGAUCUCAUAUUCAGUGCACGGUAUUCAUUUUUAACGAAACAACUCUGCGAUAUUGCUGGCAGAUAGGCCCCAAGCAUGACAUUCAAUAGGGUUUACAUGUUCCUGUCAAGGUCUUUUGUUAACAUGAACCAGCUGCAUGCUUCCUGGACUUUAAAAAAUUGGGUUUCUAUAGAAAGCAAUUGUUUUUGUUUUUUCACGUGCAGGCUAUUCAAGUUCAAUAGUAAGAGCUCGAAAUUGAAUGUUUUACUCCAUGCUGAAGGAGCUGGAAAGCUGCCUUCUUCAUAUUUUGCACUUUCUGGUAGUUCCCCUGUUUUUUCCGAUUCCUUCAAAAAUUGUGUGGGUGGGGUGGAGCCCUGCAGUUGGGGGGUAGCAUGGACCACUGAUUUUGCCCUUUGACCCUGCACAAUGACCUUUGCAUCAGCCAAACUCAUUGCCAUGACAACUCUUUGUACUGUGUCCGUGCCACAGAUCUGUUGGUUACGUUGUUC